GAGGCUGCAGCUGGGGUUUGGGGCCAGGAAAAUAAUUCCAGCCAGCUGUAGGGUGUCCACUCAAACUCCCCUCACCCACAGGUCCCCAUGCCUCUUCUCUUCUUGUUGCUCCUGCUGCCAAGCACUUCCCAAUCCAUCUGUGAGGUCUCUGAAGUGGCCAACCAGAUAGAAACAAACUGUGAGAAGCGGGGGCUGAAGAUAGUGCCUCCAGGCCUGGCAGCAGAGACAGCCAUCCUCCGCCUGGGUGAGAACCCCCUGGGCACUUUCUCCUUGGCUUCUGUGGUGUACCUGACACGCCUUUCUCAGCUGCACUUGGGUGACAGUCAGCUGGCCAGUCUGCAGACUGACGGGACGCUACCACAGCUGGAGACCCUGGAUAUAUCCCACAAUAGGCUGAAAAGCCUACCCUCGCUUGGACGAUCUCUGCCGGCACUCACAACCCUGGAUGUCUCCUUCAACCAGCUGGCCUUGUUGUCCCCUGGGGCGCUGGAUGGCCUGAGCCAACUCCAUGAGCUCUACCUGCGUGGCAAUAAAUUGAAGACUCUGCCCCCUGGGCUCCUGGUGCCCACAGCCUACCUGAAGAAGCUCAACUUGGCUGACAAUAAGUUGGAAGAGCUGCCCCCUGGGCUCCUGGACGGGCUGGAGGAACUCGACACACUGUACCUCCAAGGGAACUGGCUGCGCACAAUACCAAAGGGCUUCUUUGGGCACCUCCUUCUGCCUUUUGCUUUUCUUCAUAGCAACCCCUGGUACUGUGACUGUGAAAUCCUCUAUUUCAGUCGUUGGCUGCAGGACAAUGUCAAUAAUGUUUACUUAUGGAAGGAGGGUGUGGAUGUCAAGGCUAUGACCCCCAAUGUAAAAAGUGUGCAAUGUGUCAAUUUGCCCAAAGUUCCAGUCUACACAUUCCCAGGGAAGGGCUGUCCCACCCUUGGUGAUGGGGAUGAUGCAGACGUCUAUGAUAACUACGAAGAGGAGCAUGAAGCAGCUAAGGUACCCGUGACAAGGGCUGUGGUCAGGUUCUCCACCAAUACCGAAGCCCACACAACCCAUCUGGGCUCACUCCGGUCCGCAACAACUGCUUUUCUACACAAACUGAUGCCCCACCUGCCUUUAACCCCAGAAUUUACUGAGAAUCAGACCACACUCCAAAUAACCACAGGAUCCACUAUAGUUUCCCAAACUCAAAAAGAUAAUAGUGAACCCACCACAAUUCACACCACCCCUGAGCCUAUGGCACCCACCACCUCAGAACCCACCACAGCCCAUACCACCCCAGAACCCACCACAACCAGCACCCCCCCCGAGCCCACCACAACCAGCACCCCCCCCGAGCCCACCACAACCAGCACCCCCCCCGAGCCCACCACAACCAGCACCCCCCCCGAGCCCACCACAACCAGCACCCCCCCCGAGCCCACCACAACCAGCACCACCCCGGAGCCCACCACAACCAGCACCACCCCCGAGCCCACCACAACCAGCACCACUCCUGAACCCACAACCCAAACCAGUCCAGAAACCGUAAGUCCAACUACUCUGGAGUCUAGUACAACUCAGGCCACCUCAGAAUUAACCACAUUCUUAACCACCAAACCCACCUCACUCCCUACCACCUUAGAAUCUACCACACUUCUCUUUGAACUCAUCAAUUUCUCAAAUGUGCGUGGGAUAGCUCAAGGAACUUUGGACUACUCUAGAGAUCACCCUUUUCUCAACUCAGACAUUUGCUGUCUCCUCCCCAUGGGCUUCUAUAUCUUGGGUCUCCUUUGGCUUCUGUUUGCCUCUGUGAUCCUCAUCCUGCUGCUGGUUUGGAUCCGGCACGUGAAACCACGGGCCCUAGACUUCAAUCAGCCAAUUGCCCUGGCCACAUCCACAUAUACUACACAUCUGGAGCUCCAGAGGGAAAGGCAAGUGCCCGUGCCCCAGGCCUGGCUGCUAUUCCUUCAAGAGCCACUCCCUGUUUUCCGCUCCAGCCUCUUUCUGUGGAUACGGUCUAGUGGGCGUGUGGGACCUCUGGUAGCAGGACGGAGACCCUCGGCCUUGAGUGUAGGCCGUGGCCAUGACUUACUGGGUACAGUGGGUAUCAGGUACUCUGGCCAUAGCCUCUGA